CUAGCCGGAUCCCCGCCUGAGCCCGAGCGCAGCCCGCACCCAGAGCAUCGUCCGAGCCGGGAGCCAGCUCAGCCUCGGCCCCGCAGCCCAAGCCUCGUACCCCGCCGCCGCCGCCCCCGGGGCAUGGCCUGUCUGAUGGCCGCUUUCUCGGUCGGCACCGCCAUGAAUGCCAGCAGUUACUCUGCAGAGAUGACGGAGCCCAAGUCGGUGUGUGUCUCGGUGGAUGAGGUGGUGUCCGGCAGCAUGGAGGCCGCUGAGACAGAUCUGCUGAAUGGGCAUCUGAAGAAAGUGGACAACAACCUUACAGAAGCCCAGCGCUUCUCCUCCUUGCCUCGGAGGGCAGCUGUGAACAUUGAAUUCAGGGACCUUUCCUACGCGGUUCCUGAAGGACCCUGGUGGAGGAAGAAAGGAUACAAGACCCUUCUGAAAGGAAUUUCUGGGAAGUUCAACAGUGGUGAGCUGGUGGCCAUUAUGGGUCCUUCCGGGGCAGGGAAAUCCACACUGAUGAACAUCCUGGCCGGAUACAGGGAAACGGGCAUGAAGGGAGCCGUCCUCAUCAACGGGCUGCCCCGGGACCUGCGCUGCUUCCGGAAGGUGUCCUGCUACAUCAUGCAAGACGACAUGCUGCUACCACACCUCACCGUGCAGGAGGCCAUGAUGGUGUCGGCGCAUCUGAAGCUUCAGGAGAAGGAUGAAGGCAGAAGGGAGAUGGUCAAGGAGAUACUGACAGCACUGGGCCUGCUGUCUUGCGCCAACACACGAACGGGGAGCCUGUCAGGUGGCCAGCGAAAGCGCCUGGCCAUCGCCCUGGAGCUGGUGAACAACCCUCCAGUCAUGUUCUUCGAUGAGCCCACCAGCGGCCUGGACAGCGCCUCCUGCUUCCAGGUGGUCUCACUGAUGAAGGGGCUGGCUCAGGGGGGGCGCUCCAUCAUCUGCACCAUCCACCAGCCCAGCGCCAAGCUCUUCGAGCUGUUUGACCAGCUUUACGUCCUGAGUCAAGGACAAUGUGUGUACCGGGGAAAAGUCUCCAAUCUUGUGCCAUAUUUGCGGGAUUUGGGUCUGAACUGCCCAACCUACCACAACCCAGCAGAUUUUGUUAUGGAGGUUGCAUCUGGCGAGUAUGGUGAUCAGAAUGGUCGCCUGGUGAGAGCAGUUCGGGAGGGCAUGUGUGACUCCGACCAUAAGAGAGACCUUGGGGGUGAUGCCGAGGUGAACCCUUUUCUUUGGCACCGGCCCUCUGAAGAGGUAAAGCAGACAAAACGAUUAAAGGGGUUGAGAAAGGACUCCUCAUCCAUGGAAGGCUGCCACAGCUUCUCCGCCAGCUGCCUGACACAGUUCUGUAUCCUCUUCAAGAGGACCUUCCUCAGCAUCAUGAGGGACUCGGUCCUGACGCACCUGCGCAUCACCUCGCACAUCGGGAUUGGCCUCCUCAUUGGCCUGCUGUACUUGGGGAUCGGGAAUGAAGCCAAGAAGGUCUUGAGUAACUCGGGCUUCCUCUUCUUCUCCAUGCUGUUCCUCAUGUUCGCGGCCCUCAUGCCCACCGUCCUGACGUUUCCUCUGGAGAUGGGAGUCUUUCUUCGGGAACACCUGAACUACUGGUACAGCCUGAAGGCCUAUUACCUAGCCAAGACCAUGGCGGACGUGCCCUUUCAGAUCAUGUUCCCGGUGGCCUACUGCAGCAUCGUGUACUGGAUGACGUCGCAGCCGUCCGACGCCGUGCGCUUCGUGCUGUUUGCCGCGCUGGGCACCAUGACUUCCCUGGUGGCGCAGUCCCUGGGCCUGCUGAUCGGAGCCGCCUCCACAUCCCUGCAGGUGGCCACCUUCGUGGGCCCGGUGACGGCCAUCCCAGUGCUCCUGUUCUCGGGGUUCUUCGUGAGCUUUGACACCAUCCCCACAUACCUGCAGUGGAUGUCCUACAUUUCCUAUGUCAGGUAUGGGUUUGAAGGGGUCAUCCUCUCCAUCUACGGCUUAGACCGAGAAGAUCUGCACUGUGACAUCGACGAGACAUGCCACUUCCAGAAGUCGGAGGCCAUCCUGAGGGAGCUGGACGUGGAAAACGCCAAGCUCUACCUGGACUUCGUCGUGCUUGGGAUUUUCUUCAUCUCACUGCGCCUCAUUGCCUAUUUUGUGCUCAGGUACAAAAUCCGGGCAGAGAGGUAAAACACCCGAAUGCCAGUAAAGAGGAAGAUUAGACACUGUGGCCGAGGGCACGUCUAGAAUCGAGGAGGCAAGCCUGUGCCCGACCAACGAUGCAGAGACUCUUCUGAUCCAAGCCCUAGAACCACGUUGGGUUGUGGGUGUUCAGCGGCUCCGCCCAGCUCGGUUGGGUCUUCACUCCCCUUUCUAGCUUUAACUAGGAAGAUGUAGGAAGGUUGGGGGUUUUUUCUUUUACAUACAGAAUUUUAAAUACCACAACUGGGGCAGAAUUUAAAACUGCAACACAGCUGGUGACGAGAGACUUCCUCGGUCAGUCCCGUUCCUCCUUAGCACCAGGCACCCUGGGUCCUGGGUGGGGGACCACAAGCACCCUCUCAGCGGAUGGCUGUGCAGUCAGAGGCCUCGAGGCAGAGGGUCCAGGCACGGAGCGAUUCCACGUUAUGACUGUUGUUUUUCAUAGUUUCAUCUUUCUAAGGUGUGUCUCUUUUCCAACGAGAAGUCAUUUUUGGAAGCCAAAAGUUCAUACAAUGCAUUCACUUUAAGAAAUUGUACCUUUUUAGUACUUGUUGAAGAAUGAUUCAGGGUAAAUUUCGUAUUCUGUUUAGAGAGGAAAGGGGUUUAACUGAAUCACCUAGCUGGUCUCAUACACAGACAGCACUUGUGAAGGAUCGAAUGCAGGUUCCAGGCGGAGGAGAGGUGUGGACGCCGUCUACACUGAGCCAUGCAGAAUUUUUUAAAAGCUAUACAAAAAGUUGUAAGAAGACAUUGGCCUACUCUUUCAAAGUCUUUUAUUUUCCACAUGCUUCUCAUUUUAAGCAAAAUAUAUUGUUUGUUUCUUCCUAGCUUUCUGACUACCUUAAUUUUGCCUUGGUUGAUUUAAAAAAAAAAAAAAAAAAAAAAAAAAAAAAAACCAGUUUUCCUUUCCUCCUAUAUCAUAUCAACUACCUCCGCUGAACCUGGAAGAACAGGGCUUAGUGAAAUUUCAGGUGCGACCUUUGAGGGUUGGCUCUGCAGGAGCAGCCAGCAGUGGCUGAUGGGCUAAGUACACAGGAGGGGAGGAUGGCAACGAGAUGGCAUCGGAAUCCAAGGGCUUCAGCAUGCUGAGGCAUUUGAAACUUGAUCACACAAUGCAUUUAGAGCUGUGGGGAUUUCAUCUCUGGCUUUUGUGACCUCACAGCCACAUCACCACCUCGGUGUUCAGCUUGUGUAAACUUUGAAUAUUGGAAACCCCUUCUCUCCUGUGACUGAAUUGCAUAAGUAAAAUCCUGCUAGGGUAGGCACAGUGCGUAACUGGAGAUCAGGUGGCUUUGAAUCCAUAGCAAGGCUGCCUAUGCACUUGUCAGCUCUUGGAGGCAGUUUGACCUCAUGCAGAGAAGGCAAUUCCAGCCAAAGAUGUCCAUCUUUCAGAAAAUGCCAUUGUUUUCUCCUUCCAGAAUAUCACUAUCGAAUCAGGACUUCCAAUUGAAAGACUAUUUUUGUGGGCAAAUCAGUGAACGUCUCUGAGCCACAUUUUUCCUCAUCUGUAAACAGUUGUGCCACAUUGUACUCAAGGCCAUUGCCAGCCCAAAGGUGGUGGGAUUCCUCGGUGAUGUCCUUGAAGCUCGUUUCCCACUUUGAAAGAACGAAAAGGGUCUGAAUUUUAUUUAUACGUGGAUUUAGUUUGUAAAUUCUUAGAGAUUCCUUUUUUACUCCUAGAUCUUUUUUAGUAAACACAAUUGAGGUAGAUAUUAAAGUGUAAUUUUAA